AUGCUCAAAGAAACUCGGUCUCUUCAAUCAGGCAUCCGUCUUCUCGGCUGUGUAGCCCUUUCAUGCAUCGUGAUGCUGGCUGGCCGAAGUGACCAUGAUGAUGCCUUGUCUUCUGAUAUGUUCUUCGCCCCACCGUGUCAAUCAAUCAAUAUCAACAUCAACAUCAACCAACAUCCAAGGAAAAAAUACCGAUCAACAGAAGGGCAAAAGAUAUAUCUGCGCAAGAUGGCAUCUCCAACUCGCUUCAAGCUGAUCUUCCACGUUCCGACGACCGCUCUCGAGGCCUGCAAAACGGCUAUCUUUGCAGCUGGCGCCGGCAAGUAUCCUGGACCCGGGAACUACACCGAAUGCUGCUUCACCACCGUUGGAACAGGCCAGUUCCGACCCGGAAACUCGGCGAACCCGCAUAUCGGCAGCGUAGGGACGCUCGAGCAGGUCGAGGAAGCGAAAGUCGAGACGCUCUGUGUUGGUGAAGAGGUCGUUAAAAAGGCCGUUGCUGCGCUGAAGCAGUGA